AUGGAAAACUCAGAUUCUAAUGAUAAAGGAAAUGACCAAUCUGCAGCACAGCGCAGAAGUCAAAUGGAUCGAUUGGAUCGGGAAGACUGUUUCUAUCAAUUUGUAAAUAACCUGAAUGAAGAAGACUAUAGACUUAUGAGAGACAACAAUUUGCUAGGCACUCCAGGUGAAACCACUGAGGAGGAGUUGCUCAGAAGACUACAGCAAAUAAAAGAGGGUCCGCCACCACAGAGCUCAGAUGAAAAUAGAGGUCGGCAAGACUCUUCAGAGUCAUCAUCUGCUAUACCAUCUAGGUCAGAACGCAGUUCUGCUGAAGCAUUAACCGAAGUGCCAUCCACCAGAGGUCAGAGGAGGGCAAGAAGCUGGAACCCAGAACACCGGAGAACCAGAGCCAGAGCUGAAAGAAGUAGGUCCCCUGUGCACCCAGCAAAUGAAAUUCCACAAAGAUCUCAUCAUAGCAUCUCAUCUCAGACUUUUGAACACCCUUUAGUAAACGAGAUUGAGGGAAGUUCUAGAACCCAUCACCAUGUGAUUUUGAGACAGCAGAUAACUGGAGUAGGUAGAGGUCUUUCUGCAGCAUCUGUGUCGAGAAAUGCCACUCAAAGGGCAAGUUCUUCAGAUACAGGCACCAAUGGUGAAACUGCAGGAUCUACUCAAAGAACUUCAACCAUCAUCCUUCGUAUCAGAAGAAUUCUUCUGAGAGAACACCCACGGAGAGAUAGCAUAGCUAGCAGAACUCGGUCUCGGUCAAGGUCUCAGACCCCAAACAACAGGGUCUCUUAUCUAAGUGAAAGUGAAGGUUUUAGGCGCACCUUUUCACGUUCUGAACGUGCAAGUGUGGGAACCUAUGUCAGUACUAACAGGAUUCCCAUUCGUAGAAUCUUAAAUACUGGAUCAAGUCAAACUACAUCUGUUCAGAUUCGAACCAUGUUAAGGCAGAUAUUGACAGGUUUUAGUGAGCUGGCGAGACUAGAAAGACAGAGUGUAAGAGGGAGCUCUGGUGGUAACAGUUCUGGAUCCAGCUCCAGCUCCCGCCCUGGCUCCAGUUCCAGUAGCUCAGCGAUGUUUGAAGGCAGUAAUGAAGGAACCCAAAUUCUCACACCAGGUGCCAGGAGAGAGGGCCAACAUAGGGCCCCAGUUAUAUUUGAUGAGAAUGGCUCUUCGUCAUUUUUUAGUCUGGCUCGGUUUUUCCUAUUAAAUGAGAAUGACAACCAACGAAGAGGACUCACCAAAGAACAGAUCGACAAUUUGGCAAUGAGAAGUUAUGAUGAAAAUGAUGCAUUGAAGACAUGUAGUGUUUGCAUUCGAGAAUAUACUGAAGGCAACAAACUUCGUAAGCUACCUUGCUCCCAUGAGUACCACGUCUACUGCAUUGACCGCUGGUUAUCGGAGAAUUCCACCUGUCCCAUUUGUCGCAGGGCCGUAUUAUCUUCUGGGAACAGAGAAAGUGUUGUGUAA